AUGAUGAAUGACCUCCCAUCAAUAUUUGAGGUUGUUGCUGGCACUGCAAAGAAGCAAUCAAAGGAGAAAUCCUCUGUUUCCAACAACAGCAGCAACAUAUCCAAGUCAAACUCCAAGAGAGGAUCAGAACCGAGACCCAAGUACUCAAAGCCAGAGCCCAAAGAUGAAGAGGAAGAGGAAGGUGUGGAAGAGGAGGAUGAGGAUGAUGAUGAGCAAGGGGAAACACAGUGUGGAGCAUGUGGUGAGAGCUAUGCAGCCGAUGAGUUCUGGAUCUGCUGUGACCUCUGUGAGAACUGGUUCCAUGGGAAGUGUGUGAAGAUAACACCAGCAAGGGCUGAGCACAUCAAACAGUACAAGUGCCCAUCUGGCAGCAACAAGAGAGCUCGAUCCUAA